AUGUCUUCAAACGUUGAACAAGAUAUCGACAUAAUGUAUGGUUUAAAAACUGUUUUGAGUCGAAUAGAAAUUGCUGUGUCUAAAAGAAGUAAGGAUUUGCCGCAAAUUGUACCGACAUUAAUUGCUGUAUCUAAAAUAAAGCCAGCAUCGUUAAUAAUACAAGCAUAUGAAGCUGGACAGCGGCACUUUGGUGAAAACUAUGUGAAUGAACUGUCAGAAAAAGCCAAUGACCCCCAAAUACUGGAGCUUUGUAAAGAUAUCAAAUGGCACUUUAUUGGUCAUUUACAAACCAAUAAAAUAAACAAACUACUUCAGUCACCUAAGCUUUACAUUGUUGAAACAGUUGACUCUGCAAAACUUGCAGAUAACUUAAACAAGCAGUGGGAAAAAUUCCGCCAAGGAGAUGAGAGGCUACGAGUUAUGGUGCAAGUUAAUACAAGUGCUGAAGAAGCAAAAAAUGGCAUAGAACCUUCAGAAACUAGCACAUUAGUGAAGCAUGUGUUAGAAAAUUGUCCCAACCUUAAUCUUAAGGGUCUUAUGACUAUUGGGCAGUAUGAUUAUGACGUGUCUCUUGGGCCAAAUCCAGAUUUCUUGUUACUUGCCAAAUGUAGAGAAGAGGUUUGUCAAAAUCUAAAUCUGGACAUCAAUGAUGUUGAAUUAUCUAUGGGAAUGUCUGCAGAUUAUGAACAUGCGAUUGAACUGGGAGCAACAAGUGUUCGCGUUGGUUCUACGAUAUUUGGUGCUAGGCCACUAAAAAAAUAA